GUUCGCGUCACCACCAUGGACGCUGAGCUGGAGUUCGCCAUCCUGCACAGCACCACUGGCAAACAACUCUUCAACCAGAUAGUGAAAACCAUCGGGCUGAGAGAGACCUGGUUCUUUGGCCUACAGUACCAGGACAGCAAAGGCUUCUCUACCUGGCUCAAACUCAACAAGAGGGUGACAGCUCAGGAUGUACGCAGGGAGAACCCUCUGUUGAUAAAGUUCAGGGCCAAGUUCUACCCUGAAGACGUAGCUGAGGAACUGAUCCAAGAGGCCACGCAACGACUUUUCUUCCUGCAGGUAAAGGAGGGCAUCCUGAAUGAUGAUAUCUACUGUCCUCCUGAGACGGCUGUGCUGUUGGCCUCCUACUCUGUUCAGACCAAACAUGGAGACUACAAGAAGGAUUACCACUUCCCUGGUUACCUCAGCAGGGACAAGCUGCUUCCCCAGAGGGUUCUGGAGCAGCACAAGCUGAACAAAGAGCAGUGGGAGAACAGGAUAAAGGUGUGGCAUGAGGAGCACAAGGGGGUGCUGAGGGAGGAUGCCAUGGUGGAGUAUCUGAAGAUAGCUCAGGAUCUAGAGAUGUAUGGAGUCAACUACUUCAGCAUCAAGAACAAGAAGGGUUCAGAGCUGUGGCUGGGGGUAGAUGCUCUGGGCCUCAACAUAUACCAGAACACUGACAGGAUGACCCCUAAGAUCGGCUUCCCAUGGAGUGAGAUCAGAAACAUUUCCUUCAACGACAAGAAGUUUGUUAUAAAGCCCAUUGACAAGAAAGCACCGGAUGUUGUGUUCUACGCCCCUCGUCUACGGAUCAACAAGCGUAUCCUGGUGCUGUGCAUGGGGAACCACGACCUGUACAUGAGGAGGAGGAAGCCAGACUCCAUCGAGGUCCAGCAGAUGAAGGCCCAGGCCCGCGAGGAGAAGACUAAGAGACAGAUGGAGAAAGCUCUGCUUGAGGGCGAGAAGAAGAAGAGAGAGAAUGCGGAGAAGGAGACAGAGAAGAUCGCCAGAGAAACCAUGGAGCUGAUGGGCAGACUGAAACAGAUUGAGGAAGAGACCAAGAAAGCUCAGGAAGAGCUGGAGGAGCAGACUCGCAGGGCCCUGGACCUGGAGAAGGAGAGGACGUUUGCUCAGGAGGAGGCAGAGCGUCUGGAGAAGGAGCGCAAGGCAGCGGAAGAGGCCAAGGCAUCCCUCCUACAGCAGUCAGAGAGCCAGAUGAAGAACCAGGAGAACCUGGCCACUGAGCUGGCUGAGCUGACCCCUAACAUCUCCCUUCUGGAGGACGUAAAGAAGGAGAAGGACGACGAUACAAAGAGGUGGCAGAAAAGGACGGUCAUGGUGGAGGUUGAUUUGGAGCGGGCCAAAGAAGUUCUGAAGACUAAAGACAUCCAGGACUGUGUGCAGGGGGACCACGACGAGACCGACGAGAGCAGCGCCGAGGCCAGCGCCGAGCUGACAUCACCAGGCAUGGUCAGAGACCGCAGCGAGGAGCAACGCAUGACGGAGGCUCAGAAGAACAAACGGCUACAGAAACACCUCAAGGCCCUGAGUAGUGAGUUGGCCAGCGCUCGAGACGACAGUAAGAACACUCCCAACGACCUGAUCCACGCGGAGAACGUUAAGGCCGGCCGGGACAAGUACAGGACCCUCCGUCAGAUACGACAAGGCAACACCAAGCAACGCAUCGACGAGUUCGAGUCCAUGUGA